AUGAAUAACGAUUCGCUUCUUUUCCCUUCACCAUUAAUUCCUCCUUCUCGACCUGAAAUUAUACAAUCAUUAAUUGACGGUGUUGAUAGAUAUAAUCCUGAUAAUGUAUCAAUCCUUGAAGAAUAUUUAGCAGUACAGCUUCAAAAUGAAGAAUAUGAUUUGAUGGCUAAUUUAGCGAUAUUAAAAUUGUAUCAAUUUAAUCCACAUCUUGUCAACGAGAUAGUCAUCCACAAUAUUCUUGUUAAAGCCCUGACAGCUAUACCAAAUCCAGAUUUCAAUUUAUGCCUAUAUUUAUUACAAGAAGGGGCUCUUAAUGAUGAAAAUGUAGCAAAAUUAAUUACGUUGCAACAAUUAUUGGAACAAGCCAGAUAUCAAGAAUUUUGGGAUAGUUUUGAAAAAGAUGAGGCUUACAAAGAACUCGCAAGUGAAGCUAUUGGUUUUGAGAAUGCGAUUCGUAAAGUUAUAAUGACAGCUAUUUGUAUGACAUAUCAAAGUAUAUCGGCAGAUUUAUUGAGAUCAUAUCUUAAUUUUACAAAUGACGAUGAUGAAUUUGAAUCUUAUAUUAAGUCACGGGAACUUACAAUAAAAGAUGACGUUGUUAUUAUUCCCACAAAUUAUGAUAAUGAGGCCAAACCUACUGUAAUAAGAGAAAACAUCAAAUUCGAACAACUCACAAAAGUUAUCGGAUAUUCUAAUGAAUUAUAA